UGUGGGUGUGUGUUUCUUUACUGAUAAAUCUGAAUAUGUGAAAGAUACUCACAACUGCAGGCUCGCAGAGAAGAAAAAGUCGAACAAAUGCUGAUUGGUUUAUGUAUUUUAUAGCUGUGUGCUUGUAUACUUCAGAUACAGCCGUGUCAGGCAGUAUUUGGUCUAUUGGUAAUAAUUGGAGAUAAGAGAAAAUAAUGGGAAUAUUAAAAUAAUGUCACGAGCAACAAGAAAAGUAAAAAAAACAAUACCAGUAACUACAUCGGUGUGUUAGAGAAAUAUGUCGUCUCCAGGAAAGCAAGAAGAACUGUGCGCGUAAAGGUGAAUAUCUUGCGCGUGUUCCCGUGCAGACUUGUGCACAUGCGGGACAUAAAGUUGUGACUGAUGGUUAUUUAUUGUAACGCGGCUGGACGGUGAGAUGUGCCGCACACCGCCGUCCUGUAAACAGAGACCAGGCCAGCAGAGCUUUUUAUGGAAUACAUGUAACCGUGCAGCGAGGUGACACCUCCUGAUUUAUGGCUGUAUUUAGAUAAGACGCGGCCCGUAAAUGGUUUCUAAAUAGCGCCAAGGUCAUGUAAUGUAAUGGGAUAAUGUUUUUAGGCGAUGGAGAUAAGAUGAUAUGUUUAGUGUGUGAGGAGCUGUGGGGAAUAAAGGCGCAGAUAAAGGCGCUGCAUGCGGCCGUUUUUUUUUCCUCUUUUCUUUGCCUUAUACUGCUGAGGUAUGAUGACAACAGGCCGCGGACUGUGUGUCCCGAAAUAAUUCAUCAGGCUUCAUUUACACUUUCCAGAGCGCUCUGACAUGUACCUGGUGUUUUCACUGGAAGGCGAGACUCUGAUAAUGUGCGUUACGCAUUUCAGAAAAUAUGAAAAAUCUGAGCAAAUCUUGACAAGCAUCAGCUGGAAAGAAAAACAGUUAAAUAAUUCCAUAUUUCCAGAGUAUAUUUAAAGCAUGACGCACCACACUGAAGCAGGAUGGAAGUUUAAUUUGAUAAAACUGUCAUGUUUUCAAUUUCAACAAAUGUUUCCCUUUCCCUUAUUUGUUCAUCCUUAAAAAAAUAAAAGCAUGCUAAAAUAGACACUUUAUCUAAAAAAUGUUACGUUUUUUGUAAAGGCAGGGGAAUUAAUUCUCUAUAUGUGCAGCUUCGCAUUGAAGGUGUCUUUGAGUGUUUAGCAAAAACAUCUUAAAUUCCAUGUGCGCACCCCACAAGAAAAAAAAAAAAAAAAUCCAGUGUAAUUCCUGAUCUUAAUCCCUGCUGUCUUCACAAAGCUUGAUUUCAUACAUGAGCUGACAAAUAAAGUAACACAAGUAAUUAUAUUUACCACUGAAUUACAAAACUCACACCUCAUUAACAGCCUUGGCCAAACAGGCGGUGCGUAAAUUAUGUGCGUAAAAACUCCCCAAAACAGAAAAAAAGAGUAUAAAAACUGACAAAAAAUAUACGUUGUACUAAUUAUAUACUAGUUUUUUCGUCAUAUGUGUACGAUUGUGUUGUCAGUAACCAACUCCAACACGCAGAUAUUGGCUCCGUGUGUAGCGCCGUGAGAUUAUGGCACCAUAGCGCAUGUUAUUCCAAACCUCUGCAGACACUCCUCCCAUCCUGGGCGCUUUCCUCUAUUGGCUGCCUCCUCUCCACGCUGACAUCCAAAUCAUAUAAACCUGGGGGCCUCACACCUUCAUCGGGGUCAAAUUUCUUGGGCAAAUCAGAGCAGAUUCUCCAGGAGAGGAAGAGGCACGAGUGGAGCCCAGCAGCGCCGAGACUCGCUCCCUGGAAUUAUAAACGUUUUUCACGGCCUGUUUCACCUCGGCUGAAGUCGCUCUCAGAAUGGCGACGAUGUAAAAGUUGGUGGUUUUGUUUGGCUUGACUGGGGAGGAUACAUGUUUAGGUGUUGAAUGAGUUCUGUUGGCUGUCGAUCCACGAGCAGAGACCGUUGUGGGGCAGCAGCAGAGAGAGGCCGAGGGCGACGGACAACACGGCAGCGAGCACAUUCGUCAUCCCGCCCAACAUGAACCUCAUCGGGGGCUACCAGCAUCACCACCACCUGAUGCACGAACCCUUCCCGUUCGUGCAGCGAUGUCACCAGGACGCGCCCUACUUCCAGAGCUGGGUGGUGAACCACGGGGAGGUGCCCCCGGACUUCCAGAUCCAGGCGCCCUACCCGGCCGCGGAGCUCGGGGCGCCCGCAGCGACGCACGACGCCCGACUUGAAGGGCUCCAGGCCGGGAUGGGGAAGAGGAGGACGUCGGGGCCGAAGAAGGAGCGCCGGCGGACGGAGAGCAUCAACACAGCCUUUGCCGAGCUGAGGGAGUGUAUCCCCAACGUGCCCGCGGACACGAAACUGUCUAAAAUUAAAACUUUACGCCUGGCGACCAGUUACAUCGCCUACCUGAUGGACGUCCUGGCCAAAGACUCCGGGGAGACGGAGGGCUUUAAGGCCGAGAUUAAGAAAUUUGAGAACCGGGAUCUGAAAAGAAAACGAGAGUCGGCUGACGGCCUGCAGGACUCUUUAGGAGCCGAGAAGAAGGUGAAGGGCCGGACCGGCUGGCCGCAGCAGGUCUGGGCUCUGGAGCUCAACCAGUGACCCUCCUCCACCACCUCCUCUUCCUCCACCACCUCCUCCUCCUCUUCCUCCACCUCCUCCUCCUCUUCCUCCUCCACCUCCUCCUCCCAGACUCUCGAUUGAAAUCAGAUAAAAACCACUGACUGUCUGAACCUGAACACACCGCUGUGCGCAGGAAAAACGGAGCGAAUUAAAGGACAACACGGACAAAAAAACAAACCAAAUGGAUGGACAGUGAUGUUGCUCCUCUCCUCUCUCCUGACUGUCGGUGUGUUAUUUGUGGUAUUUCUGCUUUUUUUUUUUCUUUCUUUUUUGAUGUUCCCACCCCUCCAGUACUGUAGACCAGAUGUUGCCACGGUGUCAUAAAACAUCUGUCUGCCUUAAACAAAAAAAAGGGAAAAAAAGUGUUUUAUCUGGCGGAGAGUUGGUUGUUUCCGCAGGAAGAAAUAAAUAAAUUAUAAACAAAUGAGAAGAAGAGUUUGCAUGUUGUCAUCUGACAGGAACGCCAUGGCAAAAAAGGGGAAAUUAUUUUUUACAUGUUAAUAUUUUUAAGAUCAGACAAACGGGAUGCAGCGGCUGGAUUUGUGUUUUCCGGAUACUUAAACUAAAAAGGCGGCGCAGAAGAACAUCUGCAUGUUAAUCAUCCGUGUGAAUUAUCUGAACUAUUGGAAAUACUUUUGUUUUCCUCCCUGUGCUGUUAAUUGGUUUAAUUCGGCUUUGAAAUUAAAUUGUGUGAGCAUUAAUUGUGAUAUAUUCUGGCCUGACAGACAUCACACCUGCAUGUUAAAUAAAUCAAAAGUGUUUUGUUUUUUUUUGUUUUUUUUCUUUUUGAAAUAGUCAUGAAUCGCGCAUGCACCCGUCAGUAAUUGGCCUACAGGCGUUUUCUGAUCACUGGAUUCGGAUUUCGACCAGACUUCUUUGACGUAAGACGGAAAUAUAAUAAAAUAGUAAAAGUAUAAAACAUCCAGAGCCCGAAAACAAACAGUCUUCAUGAGAAACUUAUUCCGUGUCAUCCCGCUGAAUUCGGCUCAGUGCAGACAUGUAAUUAGCACGUAAUUAUCCCACCAGUGUUUCUGUGCUGCGGCUGUCGUCUCCUGUGUAGAAACUGAUUGAACCGACUGAAUCUACCUCACUGUCCGCUCUGAGAAGACGAGCACAGACUGAAUGUUGACGCACAGCUUCUCUCCGACGUGUAAAAGAAAAAAAAGAAAAAAAAAACACUCAAAAGCAUAAAAAAAUAAAUAAAUAAAGGUUUAUUGUUGUGCGACAUGUGGAUGGAUGUGAAGUUAUAUUAAAGUUCCGUAAAUAAAUGGAUUAUUUUAUGACACUGCA